UAGGUAUCACCUGAUGGCUGAUCAUCAGUGGUCGGCGCGAAAUGCGAAAUGCGAAAUACGAACGAACGUUUUGAAAGGUACAACAUACCACAUGUGUAAUGUGAAAUGUUAAUGUUCUAAUCUACUUUCGAACCGAGUAAGUAAGUAAUCGAAAUGAAAUACGUUUUUUCGUCUUCUUUUUAUCUUUCACUUUUCACGACAAAGGGACGCGGCGGCGAGGCGGCGUGGCGGUGUGCGACGCUUGCGCGUAUCGUUCAGUUAGUUGCUUGAAAAAUCGUCGAAUUUUUUUUUAUUUUUAUUUUUUUGAGGACGCGAGACGAUAUCGCGAACCACGACUAACACGGUAUCGUAAUUCGUAAUCGCAGCGAGGCAGUACGCGAGAGCGGCCACGGCCACGGCCACGACUACCGAUACCGAUACCGAUACACUGAACCGCCACCACACUCGGCUACUCGAUGUCCACUGCCAUAGUGCGAGUGACGAGUGUAUCCGCGUAAUACUCGUAUACCGUUUCGUUCGUCAUAUUUUUGAUUUUUUUUUUGCGGUUUUUUGUUUUUUUACGCGCGUUUAAUUUCUCGAAUCGAAACGAUCGUUUAUUAUACUCGUAACUACGUAACGUAAGUAAAGGCAUUUCGUGUACGGAUUAACUCGUCCUCGUCGGUUGUUCGGAAGUGCAUCAACCACGUGAUUCACAUACGAGUACCUAGACCUACGUACGUGUACGUGUACGUUGUAUGUAUACCGUACCGAAUUGGUGAAUUUGCAGCGUCAGCAUUUCCGUAUCCCCCAUCUAGCAUUCCGCGUUACUCGUGCUCGUACUACUGUUUCAUUCGCAGCAUCUCAACGCCAACACCUUGUCAUCUCAGCAUCUCAGCAUUUCAGCAUCUCGUCGUACACGGAAGCGCGUGCACCGUAAACUACUCGUACGAGUACAUUGAGUACAUUCGUCGUUGCCUAGGAGAGGUGUGAGGUAUAUUCGGCAUCCACCAACCACCAACCACCAACAGCCAACAGCCAACAGGUAGAAAAAUGCGUACAGAGCUCUGCACAACCGAGUCCGAGUGCCAAGUGGCAAAAUAGAGAGAUACUCGUAGAAGGCGGCGACGUAGCUAUGGCGGCCACAUCGACGAUGGCGAUUGCGGCAGGCACCAAUUCGCAUCCGCGUCAUACCGGUUGAAUACGUGUACCGCGUACAAACUCGCUGUUGGAUAAUUGGUAUUGGUAAUGCGUUGGGCUGAGACAAGUGGUGCCAGUGGUGGCCAGUGGGCAGUGCUGCGACUGCGACUACGACUACGACUACGACUGCGAUGAAUGCGACAUCGUUUGUAGCAGGAGCGGCGGAGGCGACUGGGGCAGCGCAAAACUUCACCAGCCCCGUGGAGGAGCUGUACCAAGUACCGCCGUACAUGGUCAUCCUAUUGUCCAUCUGCUACGGAUCGAUCUCGGUUUUGGCCACAGCCGGCAACGGCCUAGUCAUUUGGGUGAUUGUCGGCAGCCGAAGAAUGCGAAACGUCACCAAUUACUACAUAGCGAAUCUGGCCCUGGCCGAUUUCUUAUUGGCUGUAUUCGCCAUACCGUUUGAGUUUCAGGCUGCUUUGCUUCAAAAAUGGAAUUUACCGAAUUUCAUGUGCUCGUUUUGCCCAUUCGUCCACUCGUUGAGUAUUACGGUGAGCGUAUUCACUUUAACUGCGAUCGCAGUGGACCGACAUCGAGCCAUUCUAAAUCCAUUCACAGGACGAGCUUCGAAGGCGGAAUGCCAAAUAGUGAUAUCUCUAAUAUGGAUUUCGGGAAUCCUGUUGAGUUUUCCAAUGGGUUACGCGAUGCAAGUCAUCUACCUUGCCGAUGAAAACAAUAAACCGUUCUGCUUUACGGUCAGAUUUAGCGAACAAACCAUGCAAAUAUAUCGAACAACUUUGGUAUUAUUGCAGUACGUGAUGCCGCUGAGCGUCAUCAUUUGGGCUUACUCCAGCAUCAGUUUCGCGCUGUGGGGAAAUACAACUCCUGGAAAUGCGCAGUCGGACCGCGAUGCCAAUUUGAUGCGAAAUAAAAAAAGGGUAAUUAAAAUGUUGGUGAUAGUAGUUGCGUUGUUUGCUUUAUGUUGGUUACCGUUACAAACGUAUAAUAUACUGCAAGGAGUUUUAUCCGAAAUUAACGAAUACAAAUACAUCAAUAUCAUAUAUUUUUGUUUCGACUGGUUCGCUAUGAGUAAUAGCUGUUACAACCCGUUCAUCUACGCCAUUUAUAACGAAAAAUUCAAAAGAGAAUUUCAAAUGCGAAUCAGUAAGCUGAGGUUACGCAAAGAAGAAAAAAAGCUCAGACGUGACCUGAGCUUAUUUUCUAGCGGCAGAUACGAAUGGAGAUACAAUUCGACAGCGCGAGAACACUGUUCGAUGCCGGCCAAUGAAACGUUUCUACUAAAGGAAAGCCCGUCGUGCUAACGAUCAACGAUAAUGAACCAACAUUCACCGUAUUGCUUCUAUACAUACCUAUUUCGCGUACCUAUUCCUUUUUUUCCCAUUCCUUUCGAUUGUCACUCCUUUUUUACCCGACCAACUCACUCGUAAUAGGUAAACAAUUAAACAUCAAGCAUAAGCACAUUAUGGUUUGUGGUGUGUGCCAAAAUCAGUUGGUCUUGAUACCCCAUACCGAUUACUGAUUACCGACCAUGCCUGAUACCAUACGUGAUGUAAUAAACGAAGAAUCAAGGGGUUGUCAUAGCAUCGUCGUACCGAAACAAUUGUAAUGAGCGCAUGUAAAUCAUUCGAAGACAGCGAAAGACAAUGGAGGGAUUCAGCAAGUAAAUUUCUACUACGAUUGUCUCGAAAACCUCGCUAUCAAUUUUGUUUUAUUCGCGUCCAAAAAUCACAAACAUGGAAAAAUUGCGGACAAUUGCCGCUGAGCCUCCAUGAUCUAGUCAGUCCAGUGAGGCGAGAAAAACUGAAACGUACUUAUCCUUCUACAAAUGUGGUACUUGGUUCCUAUAUUGAAUUCACGAUACGAAUGCAGGUACAUAAGUUAAAUUUUGAUGUGUGCAUUUAAAAUGCUCGACUCGAUCACCUACUUACGAGUACAUUACACCAGUCUUGAUGUCAGUGACCGCACCUGCAUGUAUGUACCACGUACCUAUAGUCUAUAAUAUGAAAUGUACCUAUGUAAAUUAAUUGUAAUGUACAGAUAAAAUCAAAUUUUUUUUUAAAUAUCGUACGCAAUACGCAUGCAACCAAAUGUUGAGAUCUCUUUUACUUACUACAUAGUACAUAGACAUACAUAAAUAUUGCACCUGGUACCUAUGCUAUAGCUGAAUGUCUACCAAACAUACCCAAACCUAACCAAAAUCAAAGUACCUACGAUACAAUGACAUCUACAAUACAGAUGUAUUCGUGUUUUUUGUAACAUUCGCAAUCGCAUACCUAUUUAGCGAAUUAUUCGCCUAAUCUGAUCUGCGACACACUAAACGUAUGUAUACAUGAUUAGAACACCAACUUGAAAACAGCAGUCACUGACGUAAGAAGUUUCUGUUUCUUGCACUCGAUGCGGGAGCAAAUUGCAAGUCACGCUAACAAUAACGAUACGUCAGCGUCACAAAAAAGUAUUGCCAUUUUAAGGAUGCAAAAGCGAGCUUACAAUUAGGUAGGUAACAGGCAUUACCGUUUCAAAUCCGACAAGAAGAAAGUACAUACGUAAUUACGUAUGCAUGCGUUUGCGUACUAAGAUCCUUCUCUACUUCUUGCAACAACCACACGAUUAUACGUUUACGUAUAGGUAACCGAAAGUUGAUGCAUUCAUUCUAAGUAUUUUGACGUUUCUUCCGUACCUAUACCUAGGUUCUAGUACGCUUAAUUUGUACAGUAAAACGAAAAAAAGUGUCUGUACAGAUCACGAGCUUUUCCUAUAAGUAGAUAUUUAUUGACGACUAACAAUGCUUCUGCCAUGCCAUUUGAUCAGGUAUGUAUGUAAUGUACGUAUGUAGUAUGCACUCUAUCCCGUAUUUGUCACUCGGUUUCGGUGCACUUUUUUUUACACAAGACGCUCAAAUUUUCAAAUCUCAAUUCAGAAAAUAAACGAGGGCAAUUUAGAAGGAUUGGGUAUAAGUACAUGUUACAUACGAGUAAAACAUUUUCGGAUCCGGCUACGAUGCCAAGAUAAGAGCUACAAAUUCGUACCUUUAAGUAUCGUGCGUGUAGGUCUGGGCGUGUAGCUGACUAGCUGUGUACUGUGUAGGGUGACAGGGUGUAAUGUACGCGUAGUAGGUAAAAAGUAUUAUAUGAUGUACAAUGCAGGUCUACUGUAAACCGAAAUUCCACGUUAUUUAUUCAGACAUUUUUGUUUAUUAAUACGUAAGUUCUUUCACUCCAAAAAGUCGGUUACCUUUUGAUUUUCUGUGUUCUGUGUUAUACGAAUUAAUUACUAACAUAAGCAUUUAUAGUACCUACACACGUAGGUAGGUCUAGGUACAGGGUGCCCAGAAAUAUCAAGUACCCCUAAAAAAGUUUUCUGCUAAAUACUUUUCAGUUGGUCACAGUGAAUGAUUGAUAGCACAUGAUUGGUUGUUGGACUGGAGAGAUAACAUUCCACCAAUCAUAUGCAUCUAUUUCAUGUUGCCAACCUAUAUUUUUAAUGAAAAACUUUCUUUGGGGUACCCAAUAUUUCUGGGCACCGACGUUCGUAGGUACAUCUACAUAUGUACCUACUUAAAAGGUAUGCCGAUCUGUACGUUUGCGAUUCAUCAAUUAUUUUAUUUAAAAUAAUGUACUUUACCUACUUAUUCGUGUACCGCGCUUGCAUGUAAAUUGUAGCUCAUAUAAGUAAUUUCUCUAAGUAUUCAUUCAUUUUUUUCUCAUUCAUUUUUUUCUCAUUCGUUCUAUGUAUUUUCAUCGAUUAAGAAUCUAUUAUUGUAAUUAAAGUCUGAUCGUGAGUACCGUUCAAUAUACUUUGUAGUAAACGA